AAAAGUCACUCAGAGGCUCUCUCUCUCUCUCUCUCUCUCUCUCUGUGUGUCUCUCUGUCUCUCUCUCAGAUAUCCAACAGAGCGACGGUGCCACUGGGAGUACAUUGUGGCUCAUUGUGGAGGACAGAAUAAAUAAUACACCGCUGUGCUCCUGUGAUCUCUCUGGCAGUCUGCUCCCCACAGCAACAGCCUCCAUCACCAGGGUGAAGGUAGGGAGACCCGGGUCUACAUCUCCUGUGAAAAGGUAAAACAAUCAGCAUCAAAGAUGGGAUGCUUUGGAUUCCUCAAAGGCAUGAUGUUUGUCUUCAAUGGCAUCAUCUUUUUGGCAGGUGCUGCCAUCCUGGGCGUGGGGAUCUGGGUGAAGGUGGACAGCGGCUCCAUCCUCGGCUUCCUCGGGAAAAUUGAAAACGCACCGGCAGAGCUCACUCAGGUGCUCAACGUCGGCUACCUGCUGAUUGCAAUAGGAGCGCUCCUGCUCGUCAUCGGCUUCCUAGGCUGCUGUGGAGCCGUCCGAGAGAGCAAGUGUAUGCUGCUGCUGUUUUUCGUCAUAGUCCUGGUGGUCUUCAUUGCGGAGGUUGCAGGAGCAGUGGUGAUCUUGGUAUUCAGACCCUUGGCAGACGAGUUGUUUACCAAGUUUGGCACAGCUGCAGUUCAGAACAUCAAGAAGGACUACGGGAAAAAUCCUGAUGUCACGGGACUGUGGAAUACUACAAUGAACACGUUAAACUGUUGUGGAUUCUACAACUCCUCAGACUUCGUGGGCUCACCAUAUUAUUCGGACAACGGAAACCAAUACCCACCGCAGUGCUGUCCAGGCAUUGUUGGCCCAUGUAACCAAACGGUGGCUGACAGUGUCACGACAAUUACUGGGUGCUUCCCAAAGAUCAAGCAGCUGAUUGACGACAACACAGUGGUCAUUGUGGCAGUGGCUCUGGGAAUUGCAGUUCUGGAGAUAUGUGCCAUGGCUGUUUCAAUGAUCCUUUACUGCAGAAUAAAAUCCAGGGGGGACUAACUUCAAAUGGUAAAGGCCUUGGAAGGAUGAUUCUUUCUACUUCCUCUUUUUUUGCAUCUGGAAGAGCGAAGGGCUAUGCCUUUAUUUAGCAAAAAAUGCCUCGUUAUUAAGGGCAGUUAAUGUCAUUUCUCAGGCAAUCAGAAUUUACUGAAUGACAUAACAAAUCUAUUUUUACCAUGUUUAAAUCUAUCUAACAAUUGCCGCAUAUGAAUGUAAAUGAUCUAUUUCUUAAGAACACUACACUUUGUAAAACGGGCUACACACGCUGCCUACUUCACCAGAGUUCUUUUUAAAUCUGCUACUACCUGUAACACAUGGCCAGUCAAUGAGGAAUCACAUAAUGCCUGCGUUCAUUGUGAUAAUGAAACAAAGGCUGGUAUAUUGGGCAUGGGAACCACUGUUGUUAAUGUUGUUGCCAUGAUGCAGCAUGUAAAAUAGCAUCAGAUUUGAUGCACUAUUUCUAUGUAUGUUGUAUGAUGAUCAAUUUUGAAAUAAAGUGCAAUGUA